AGGUGACUGACAGGCAGCGGAAGAGGAAGCUGCGGGCCAGGGCUGUGAGGUGGCAGCGGCUGCAGCGGCGGAGCCGGCGCCUCAGCGGGCACUGGGGUCUGUUCCCCCUUCCCCGUCCCUGCUCCCUGCCAGGCGCGCGCGGGACGCCGCUCUUGGUCCCCACGGCCCCGCCCCGCCCCAUCCCGGGACGCCGAGAGCCCCCGGCCGCCCUUUAUCCGGCGUCCGCUGGUCCUGGGCCCUGAAACCCGGGCCUCCUCCCCGCGGGGCUUGGGCGUCCCUCUUGGUCCUGCGCUCGCUGCCUCGGUGCUAUCUCUGGCGCGGCCUCUGCUCCCGCCGACGGGCCUGAGAACGAGGUCUGUGCCUCAGUCUCCCAGCCGCGACCUCCGACCCCGGCUCGCAGAACGAUCAGAGCCGGACUCCCGAGCCCCCUUCUCAGCAGCCGGGUGACGUGGCCAGUUUAUUUCUGUUUUGAAACGAACGGCGAGGACUCGCGUCGGGCCUUCGUUCUAGGGCUAGACUUGGUGUCUGAUCGCCGAGAGGUAGAGCAGGGGCGCCGGGCCCCCGGCAGGGAUCCUGUCGGAAGCCGGCUGCGCUUCUGUUUGCGUUCUCAGAAUCCUCUCUGUUUGCUUUUGGUUUGUUUCGUUUGGCCUCUGGGGCCCUGGUAAAACCAGGCACCGAAUCGCUGGCACACAGCAAGAGCUCCAGUCCCUGCCUGCGGUCUCCUCUCAGCAGCUGGGGUUCCCAGGAGAAUGCCCUGCAAGAUGGUUCCAUCGGCCAUGGCGCUCCUGAGAGGCUGUCAGUGCUGAGUCAUCGAUCCGUCUAGCUCAUUCGGGUGGGCAGAACUUGUGUGUGCCAUGCGAGUGGCUCCUGGCCGCUCCUGAGUGGGAGGCGGGGUUCCUGUAGCCAUUGCGUCUCCUCACGCGACGAGCAGAGUAGAAGGAGGCUCUGGCCCCUUCCCUUGUGCCCGCUGAGCCUGCUGCGGUGGUUCAGCAGCCCCAUCAGUAGCCUGCCUGAAGACCCGUGCCAGAGCCAGGCAUUCUUCAGGAAAGGCCCACUGAGGCUGGCUCCGGCUCCUCUGGUUGGGGGCUGUUGUUUUUGAUGGAUCGUGUGCUUUCCCCUAACCUCUUAUUGCUUGCUGUCAUCUGUUGACUUAGGCCCAGUCUGCAGAUGUGUAUAGUACUCCUUUUUGGGUUAGCUUUGGCGGUAUUUAGUUUUACUUCCUCCUCUUUCUACUGGAAGACAGACCAUAGUCCCAGUGUGAGUGAAAUUGAUUGUUACAUGUAUUGCUGUGUGGGCUGGGGGUUAGAUCCGCACCUUCACAGUUGAAGACCAGGCAGAGGGAGUUGUGAAGACAGGACAGUCAAUCUUCUUGGGAAUGCUGAGCCUGGAAGCCAGUGUGCCUUGCUCUGUUGUUGGCCUCAUUGACCCCAGGUUCCCUGGUUAAAACUUCAGGCCUAUCACUGGCCUGGUGCCCAUCAAUCCAUUGAUCCUUGAGGUUGUGCCCCGUGGGGCACCCACAUGGCAGGGCCUACCACCAUGCGACUGAGCUCCCUGUUGGCUCUGCUGCGGCCAGCGCUUCCCCUCAUCCUAGGGCUGUCUCUGGGGUGCAGCCUGAGUCUCCUGCGGGUUUCCUGGAUCCAGGGGGAGGGAGAAGAUCCCUGUGUGGAGGCUGUAGGGGAGCGAGGAGGGCCACAGAAUCCAGAUUCAAGAGCUCGGCUAGACCAAACUGAUGAAGACUUCAAACCCCGGAUUGUCCCCUACUACAGGGACCCCAACAAGCCCUACAAGAAGGUGCUCAGGACUCGGUACAUCCAGACAGAGCUGGGCUCCCGUGAGCGGUUGCUAGUGGCUGUCCUGACCUCUCGAGCUACACUGUCCACUUUGGCUGUCGCUGUGAACCGUACAGUGGCCCAUCACUUCCCUCGGUUACUCUACUUCACUGGGCAGCGGGGAGCCCGGGCUCCAGCAGGGAUGCAGGUGGUGUCUCAUGGGGAUGAGCGGCCAGCCUGGCUCAUGUCAGAGACCCUGCGCCACCUUCACACACACUUUGGGGCCGACUACGACUGGUUCUUCAUCAUGCAGGAUGACACAUAUGUGCAGGCCCCCCGCCUGGCAGCCCUUGCUGGCCACCUCAGCAUCAACCAAGACCUAUACUUAGGCCGGGCGGAGGAGUUCAUUGGUGCAGGCGAGCAGGCCCGGUACUGUCAUGGGGGCUUUGGCUACCUGUUGUCACGGAGUCUCCUGCUUCGUCUGCGGCCACAUCUGGAUGGCUGCCGAGGAGACAUUCUCAGUGCCCGUCCUGACGAGUGGCUUGGACGCUGCCUCAUUGACUCUCUGGGCAUCGGCUGUGUCUCACAACACCAGGGGCAGCAGUAUCGCUCAUUUGAACUGGCCAAAAAUAGGGACCCUGAGAAGGAAGGGAGCUCGGCUUUCCUGAGUGCCUUCGCCGUGCACCCUGUCUCCGAAGGUACCCUCAUGUACCGACUCCACAAACGCUUCAGUGCUCUGGAGUUGGAGCGGGCUUACAGUGAAAUAGAACAACUGCAGGCUCAGAUCCGGAACCUGACGGUGCUGACCCCCGAAGGGGAGGCAGGGCUGAGCUGGCCCAUUGGGCUCCCUGCUCCUUUCACACCACACUCUCGCUUUGAGGUGCUGGGCUGGGACUACUUCACAGAGCAGCACACCUUCUCUUGUGCAGAUGGGGCUCCGAAGUGCCCACUACAGGGGGCCAGCAGGGCAGACGUAGGUGAUGCGUUGGAGACUGCCCUGGAGCAGCUCAAUCGGCGCUAUCAGCCCCGUCUGCGCUUCCAAAAGCAGCGGCUGCUCAAUGGCUACCGGCGCUUCGACCCGGCACGGGGCAUGGAGUACACCCUGGACCUACUGUUGGAAUGUGUGACUCAGCGUGGGCACCGGCGGGCCCUGGCUCGCAGGGUCAGCCUGCUGCGGCCACUGAGCCGGGUGGAAAUCCUCCCCAUGCCCUAUGUCACUGAGGCCACCCGAGUACAGCUGGUACUACCACUCCUGGUGGCUGAAGCUGCUGCAGCCCCGGCUUUCCUUGAGGCCUUUGCAGCCAAUGUCCUGGAGCCACGAGAACAUGCGUUGCUCACCCUGUUGCUGGUCUACGGGCCACGAGAAGGUGGCCGUGGAGCUCCAGACCCAUUUCUUGGGGUGAAGGCUGUAGCAGCUGAGUUAGAGCGACGGUACCCUGGGACGAGGCUGGCCUGGCUCGCCGUGCGAGCAGAGGCCCCUUCCCAGGUGCGACUCAUGGACGUAGUCUCGAAGAAGCACCCCGUGGACACUCUCUUCUUCCUCACCACUGUGUGGACCAGGCCUGGGCCCGAAGUCCUCAACCGCUGUCGCAUGAAUGCCAUCUCUGGCUGGCAGGCCUUCUUUCCAGUCCAUUUCCAGGAGUUCAAUCCGGCCUUGUCACCACAGAGAUCACCCCCAGGGCCCCCGGGGGCUGGCCCUGACCCCCCCUCCCCCCCUGGUGCUGACCCCUCCCGGGGGGCUCCUACAGGGGGCAGAUUUGACCGGCAGGCUUCUGCGGAGGGCUGCUUCUACAACGUUGACUACCUGGCGGCCCGAGCCAGGCUGGCAGGUGAACUGGCAGGCCAGGAAGAGGAGGAAGCCCUGGAGGGGCUGGAGGUGAUGGAUGUUUUCCUCCGGUUCUCAGGGCUCCACCUCUUUCGAGCCGUAGAGCCAGGGCUGGUGCAGAAGUUCUCCCUGCGGGACUGCAGCCCACGGCUCAGUGAGGAACUCUACCACCGCUGCCGCCUCAGCAACCUGGAGGGGCUGGGGGGCCGUGCCCAGCUGGCCAUGGCUCUCUUUGAGCAGGAGCAGGCCAAUAGCACUUAGCCCCUCUCAGGGCCCUAACCUCCUCAGCUUUGCUUUCCCCCGGCCCCAGGAAGGGCAAGGCAAGGUGGUUCACAGAUAGCUUGUUGCUGUAUUUUUAAAGUAUGAUAAUGUUAUUAAACGUGUCUUCUGCUAAACUGUUUUUAGAUCUAGGGAAAACUGAGUAAAGAGAAGAAUCCAAGGGAAGGGUGUGGGGAGUUUGUCCAGAGGGACCCACUGCCUCCCCAUCCACUUUCCCUCCCCCUUCCCUCCCUAGUUUCCAAUGACCACAUGGCUGCUGUCAGAUGAAUAACUUUUAAUCCAGCCCUGCACCCCAAAGCGGCAGAGGAGUGAUGCCAGAGCCUGGGGCGGAGCGCUGGAGCUCUGGGUGCGGCCAGAAGGUCCGUCGUGCUGCUUAUUCCCGGGCUCCUAGGUGUUGCGUACAACCAGCGACUGCUCCAGCUCCUGCCUGCGCUGCUGGAUCUUUAGAGGAAGUGAGAGCAGGAGCAGGUGUCAGUGUUCCUGUACUCCCUGAGUCUCCCUCUCACCUUGAGGUCCCGGCUCUGGGAGCGGAGCAGGUCUUGGACAUAGCCUUUGGGGUCCCUGGAGAAGCUUAGCAUGAAGUCCCUCUGGAUCUUGAGCUGAUUUAUGGACUCAAUCGUCUCAUGGAUCUGCAGACUGCUCAUCUGCAACCACACCCUAGUCUCAGUAAAGUCUGCUUUAUCAUCCCUGGGUUAAUGUCCCACUCCGGCUCUGGGCUUGGGCCCCACCUUACUGUCCAGAGCACUGAUCUCCUGCUGGUUGGCUGUGGACAGGAGGAAGCUGCUCAUCUGCCCCUUUAAUGGCUCCUCCACCUCCACGUCAAUGUCAUAGCAUGCCGUCUUCUUCUGGUCUGAAGGGUCCACGCUGCCAGGGAAGUGCAGCCCUCGGUGUUCAUGAUGCCCCCAUAGAGGCCCCAGGGCCCCGGGGUGGGGGCAGCUCCAACAGGGAGGGAGAAAAUAUGGGAGUGGGAGGAGAGCGAGGGGCAGGGAAGGCAGGAAUGAGAUCAUUCCCUGGUCUGAGAAGCAAGCUGGGGCCACCUCACCUGAUGACAUGGUUGAUGACAAUUGGGUCAGGGGGCAGUAGCAGGGCUGUGAGGCGCUGGGGAAUCUCAGAAAACUUCAGCCGGGGACAAUCAAAAAUCUAGCGAGACAGUUGGGGAGAGAGAGAUCACUCUUCUCUUAAAGAGAUCAUCACGCAGUUGUAGAUCCUUUUGUUGUAGAAAGGCCUCAAGAAGCUGAGAGCGAGUCUGAUUCCUCAGUGCACAUGGGGAUGGGAUUGGAGUUGGGCCGGUCUGGUGGUGGAGCCACCAGCCCGGCUGACAAGGCCUGGGGUGGGUCAGUGUGGGGCAGGCUGAGAGUGCAGGCCCUGGGUCAGUCUGUGUAUCGGUCCUGCCUCUCCCAUCACUAUGCAACCGUGAGCAAGCUGACACCUCGGGCCUCAGUGUCUUCAUCUCUAGAGUGGGGAUGAAAACAAUACCUAUUUCAGGGUUGUCGUGAGAAGUCGGUGAACUAAUACGCAUAAAGUGCUUGGAACAGUGCCUGGCACAUGGUAAGUGCCCAAUAAAUAUCAACUACUAUUUUUA